AAAAGCAAAAACAAACAGUUCAAGAAAUAUUUUGUUCCAGUUAUGUUUCUUCAGUUUUUCACAGCGAAUACAGAGCCACCCAAGGUGAAAAGGGAGGAUUCAAAAAGUCGGAGCGCUUUGUUACAUGAGAUCCAAAGAGGGACUCGAUUGAGAAGAGUAUCACAGACCAAUGACCGAAGUGCACCACACAUUGAAAGCUGCAGAAGAAGGGCGAGCAGAGAUGGAGGAAGUUCAGGAAACAACAGAAACAGUGACGUGCCUCAAGCAUUAGGGAACCUCUUUGCAGACGGAUUUCCAGUCCUGAGACCAGUAAGCCAAAGAGACCUGAUAGCUAGUAGGACCGGGAAGCCCCAUGCUGUCAGAACGUCUCUUCCUCCAACGGCUCCAGCUCCGCUGAACAACCACGGGAAAGCCAGUGGCAACCUUCAAAUGACAGCUGAUGACUCAAAGCCGGCUGAUCAGUCAGAAGCACCCCGGGUCCCGCGAGUGGUGCCACUUCGCCUCAGCAUCCCUGCUCCUGCCGGCAUCCCUGCACCACCCAGCGUCCCUGCUCCUUCUCCCCCCCCUCAAGCGCCACCGCCACUGCUACCAACGUCCUCUAACAAACCUUCCCUGAUCUUUCCCCCUCCUCCCCCUCUUCCCCCACCUUUGGUUGAAAGCCCUGACAAGCUCCUCUCCCCAAACAGUGCUGCUGCUGCUGCUCCCUCUCAGAGUGACAAGCCCCCCAAAACUCAAGCAUCCCCAUUGCACCUACCAUCACACCCACCGCCCCCUCCUCCUCCCUUGCCUCCAGUGCCCCCUUGUGGCCUGGCAGGCAGAGCAAGUGAGUGCUCCAGCCCAUCUUCCUCCCAACCUGAUCUAAGAAUUCAUUCCCCUCCUAUGCCGCCACCACCACCUCCUCCUCCUGUGCCUUCUAUGUCCACCUUUGCCGCCUCCCACAGGACGUCUUUGUCGCCGCCACCUUCGCCAACCUCUAACAGUGCCUUGAGCGGCAGCAGUGAUCCCACCGCCCCCCCACUGCCCCCCAAGUCGCCAUUCGUGCAGUCUCAGUUGCAAAAGCCCGGCAUUCAGUCACUGCCCCUUCCCCCGGCCCCUCCUGUUACACAGCAAGUGGCUGCAACGCAUAGGAGGAGACAAGGAAGAGGCGGAGCUAAGUUGAUGCCACCACCGCUUCCUCCUGCAAGGUCUCCAACAACUGAGCUCACAAGCAAAUGCCAAUAUGCUCAGGUAUCUCCGUGGCUGGUUACCCACGACCUCUAUCCAUCACUGAAGAAUGGAACUGUGCACAUAAUGGAUGACUUUGAGUCUAAAUUUACUUUCCAUUCCGUGGAAGAAUUCCCUCCUCCUGAUGAAUUUAAGCCAUGUCAGAAAAUUUAUCCUAGCCAGGAAGCUAGAGAUAGCACCAACAAUCCUCCCUUAAGAACACAAGUGAGAUGAACAGAUCCGUGAAACAGGAGUAUUGCUAAAAGAAUCAACAAUGAUAUUGUAAAAUAUAGCACAUUGUUUUGAUGGUCAUUCAGGGUGACAAGACUAGUGCUAUACACAAGAUCCAAUGUGGGAUUUAAAGGCUUAUAAAUGCUGGAUAAAGAUGGGAUGGAAUAGCAGUGCAUGGACUGUUAGGAAGGAGUUUAAACAUAUUAUUGUUCAGUUCAGUUUAAAUAGCUUUAAAAUUGGCCUGAAUUUUGUUUUAAAUUCGAUGGAGUACUCAGCAUGAUUCAGGUAGUGGUCUACCUGUAUAUGGUAUACUCUAUUUGCACAUAAUUUGUUUGCACUGUGCAGAAUGCCAUAGAUGGCAAUGGCUGAAGUUCCUGGUUGUAAUUAGCUUCACCAAGUAAACUGUGCUUCCAAACGGGAUUUGUUGUAUUUAUUAAAUGCGCACAAGUUCUCUCCCUGGCCCCGCUUUUGAAUUCUACACACUGUUAACUUUUUAUAAAUCUCUUUCUAGUCUCUUGGGGCUUCCCUAAAGUGGCUUUCCAGUUCAUACAAUUGUAUAUAUUUCCAGUGGAACACUACAUGUAUGCAUGUAUAUUCACAAAAAGACAGGGUUAAAGAAAAAUGGGUUAAGUACGCCCACUAUUCCUUCUCUUAUAACUUGCAGUCUCCUUUGGCUGCUUUUCAAUAAAAUAAAAACACAGCAGGCAACAUUUACAUGUGUCUUGCUAGGUAAUCCUAGCUUGGCCUUAAGACUGAGAUAUUAGCAACUGUUCUAAAGAUAACUUGUUCAAGAAGCAACCGGAAACACAAACUAUAUCUGUAUCUUAGCCAUCAUAAGUGGGAUAUUCAGCAGUUAGCAGUCUUGGGCAAUUUGUAGGCCAAAACAUCUGGAGGGCCACAACACCCAUCUCUCACCAUUGGCUAUGCUUCCUAAGGCUGAUGGGAGUUUUAUGUCAAAACAUCUGGAGGGGCACAAGUUGCUGAGGCCUGAGCUAGUGCUUCAACUAGCUGAUUUUGUUUUAAGUCUCCUGUGAUGCUUAAUGUUGUAGCAACAAGGAAGGGAGGCAUUUGCAUCAAUGGAGAUAUGAGCAACUCCCUGGGCAUGAGAACUAUUCAUCCUUGCUUUUUGAAUUAAGAGUCAACACAUCUGUAUAGACGCUUUUGUAACUAUUGAGUUCUGGAACGUACCUAUUUUUUUCUGGAGGGGCGAAGAAAGAAAACGCAAAAUGAGUAUUAGCAUGCAGCUGGAAAUAUACCAGAAAAUUCUUUCCUCGUGUCUUAUAUUUAGAAAAAUAGCAUGUAUAAGAGAUGUAAAGGGGGCUUUUCUUUCCUUAUAACUCUGUGUUAUGGUCCAAUUUCAACUUAAAAUGCUAUAUGAAAUGCAACUUCAUCCUUUUCUUUCUAUAUUGGAGCCUGUAAGUCAGACAAUGGUUUAAAAGUGCUUUCGU